AGGAGUCUUCUGGAUUCUCCAGAGACGCAAGCGACUGAAGAGAGUUGGAACUUGGAACUCGGAAUCAGAAACUCUUUAUAUGGCAGAGAAGUUGGCACCAGAGAAGCGUCACAGCUUCAUCCAUGGAGGUCAGAAGGUCUUUGAAUGGGAUCAAACGCUUGAGGAGGUGAACAUGUAUGUCACUCUACCGCCCAAUGUUCCUACAAAGCUAUUCUACUGUAAGAUACAGUCCCAGCAUGUUGAAGUUGGUAUCAAAGGAAACCCACCUUAUCUUAACCAUGACCUCACCUGCCCUGUGAAGACUGAUUCGUCAUUCUGGACUCUGGAGGAUGGUACAAUGCACUUAACUCUGCAGAAGAGAGAUAAAGGGCAGACAUGGUCUUCUCCUAUAUUGGGUCAGGGCCAGCUUGAUCCUUAUGCAGCUGAUCUUGAACAGAAGCGCCUUAUGCUCCAGAGAUUCCAAGAAGAGAACCCAGGUUUUGACUUCUCUCAGGCGCAGUUUACUGGAAAUUGCCCUGAUCCACGGACAUUCAUGGGUGGAAUCCACACCGAUUGAAAUUAUAUGCUGCCUGCUGCAACAAUCCUUAUUAGUUAAUUGUGAUCUUAACCAUAUGUUGUUGAAUACAUUACAUUCUGUUUUCUUAAUUUCCCUGUUCUACGUGCUUAUUAACCAGUCAUGUAUGUAAUCCCUGUACAAUGUGUGAUUGAAUGUAAAUCUUUGUGACCGUGUGUUUGAUCCAAGUUGACCAUA